UUUUAUAUUAAUUUGAAUUGAAUGUUUUGAAUAUUUUUUAUUUCAGAUGUUAGGUGACAUGAAAUGAUAUUAGUGAAAGGUCAAGGAAGAAAAGAAACGGCUAAAAUGUUUAUAAUCGCAGCGCUCACCAAGAUUCUGGCUGAAAAGGAAACGAAGAAGUCGUAUAACAGCCAGUUGAGAGCGGCCUGCGAGGCUGCGCUGCAAGAGAUAAAGGAGAGCGUAGGAGAACAAGAUGAAGGUGAUGGAUCAUCUGUCCUCCCUGAACCCUGUGAUACUUCGAGGAUCAGAGCUGAUAAAUAUUUUCUACCCUUCGAAUUAGCUUGUCAGUCUAAGAGUGCUAAGCUGGUUGUGAUCAGCCUGGACGGACUUCAGAAACUUAUAGCUUACGGUCAUCUUACUGGGAAUGAAGUCUGCGUCAGUAAUCCGUCCCAGAGGUCGAUAGAUAAAGUGGUAGAGACCAUUUGUGCCUGCUUCUCUGGUCCACAUACUGACGAGGGGGUCCAACUACAGAUAUUAAAGGCUUUGUUGACAAUCCUGACCUCGCAGCAUGUCGAGGUUCAUGAGGCCAGUCUUCUCAACUCUGUUAGGACCUGUUACAAUAUCUAUCUGGCUUCGAAGAAUAUGAUCAAUCAAACCACAGCCAAGGCAACCUUGAACCAAAUUUUAUCUGCCAUAUUUGUUAAAAUGGAGAACAAAACUUUAGAAGAAGAGAUAGCAUCUCCUAAACCUGUUCUAGAGAAUCCAGAUCAUCAUCUCAACCUUCUCAUGGUCGACUCUAUCAUAGAUGACCUACUGACGGAUACAGUUUCAAGAAUGGAUAAAGAUUUUGUUUAUAACUUCAAGGGCUCCUCGGAAAGUCUGGCAAGCAGUGAGCAUGAUGCCUCAUUACCUAAAUUUAAUAAUAUUUAUCAGAAAGAUGCAUUUCUAAUAUUUAGAUCUCUAUGCAAGUUGUCGAUGAAGGCUUUACCAGAUGGACCCCCUGAUCCCAAAUCACAUGAACUAAGGUCAAAGACGUUGUCCCUCCAACUACUGUUGAGUGUAGUGCAGAACGCCGGGCACGUGUUCCAGAGCAAUGAGAUGUUCAUAUCAGCGGUCAAACAAUACCUUUGCGUUACUUUAUCUAAGAACGGAGUUUCCAACGUGAACGAGGUGUUUGAGUUGAGCCUGGAUAUCUUCCUCUCCCUCCUCAUCAAGUUUAAAACACAUCUCAAAUCUCAAAUUGAGAUUUUCUUCAAGGAGAUAUUCUUAAAUAUUUUGGAAACCAAUACUUCUAGCUUUCAACAUAAAUGGCUUGUCAUACAGGCACUAACCCGUAUUUGCGACGACUCCCAGAGUGUUGUCGACAUCUACGUGAACUACGACUGCGACCUGGCCGCUGCCAAUAUAUUCGAGAGGUUAAUCAACAACCUGUCCAAGCUAGGUCAGGGUAGAGCAGCACUGGACCUUGGGGUGACCAUGAUACAGGAGAAAUCUAUCCGAAUAAAAGGGUUGGAAUGCCUGGUUGCUAUUCUCAAAUGUAUGGUGGAGUGGAUUAAGGAUUUGUAUGUCAGUCCGCAUACUCAGAGUAAUCUAUCUUCAGAUCAUAAAUCAGACAAGGAUAAGCUGAAGGGUAGCAGUAGCUCGAGUGAGCUGAGUAAGGAGGAUGUGGAGAAGAUCCAGAGCUUGAAACAGCAGAAGGAGAUCCUGGAACACGGGAUUAAUAUGUUUAAUCAGAAACCUAAGAAAGGAUUAGAUUUUCUACAGAAGCGUGGACUUGUGGGAACAGAAGUGAAAGAGGUGGCAGAGUUUCUGAGCAAGGACGAUAUGCGUUUAGACAGGACAAUCAUUGGAGACUUCCUGGGAGACCCGGAUCCCUUCAACAGGUCCGUGAUGUACACCUACGUGGACAUGUUGGACUUCUCUGGGAAGGACUUGGUGCAGGCUCUCAGAUUUUUCCUGGAAGGAUUCCGACUUCCUGGAGAGGCGCAGAAAGUUGAUCGUCUCAUGGAGAAGUUUGCGUCAAGAUACUGCGAGUGCAAUCCAAAUCAGGGAAUAUUUGCGUCAGCUGACACUGCGUAUGUUCUGGCCUUCUCCAUAAUAAUGUUAACAACCGAUCUACACUCCGCCCAGGUGAAGCAUAAGAUGAGUAAAGAAGCAUUUAUCAGGAAUAAUCGAGGAAUAAACGAUUCCGAGGAUCUACCACCUGAAUACCUUUCCAGUAUUUACGAUCAGAUUGAAGAAUCAGAAAUAAAGAUGAAAGGAUUUGGAAAGGAUAGUAGAUCUCAACAAGUUAACCAGGGUAAAUCUAUUGACCAGAAGAAGAAGCAACUGCUGUGGAAUAUAGAACUGGAGAGUAUCAGUCAAACCGCCAAGGCCUUGAUGGAGUCUGCCAGUCAUGUGAAGCAGAAUUUCACAACCGCAACAGAUGAAAUCUAUGUCAAGCAUAUGUUUAAGAUUGCCUGGACACCUCUCCUUGCUGCCUUCAGUGUUGGCCUUCAAGAUUGUGAUGAACCUGAGAUAUCUCUUCUGUGUCUGGAGGGUAUCCGUUGUGCUAUCCGUAUCUCCUGUAUAUUCCACCUAGAGUUGGAGCGGAAUGCAUUUGUGCAGGCUCUUGCACGGUUUACCCUACUAACAGCAAACUCCUCAGUAACCGAGAUGAAGAGUAAGAAUAUUGAUACUAUUAAAACCUUGAUAUCAGUGGCGCACACGGAUGGAAACUAUUUAGGAAAAUACUCGAAUAUUUUAGCGUCACAGUCAGACUUGCCAUUACGCUAAACGCGUCAUUUAUCC